UUUCUAUCGAUGAACCAAACAUCCUGUAUUAUGCUUAAAUUAAAAAGUAUUUAAUUGUUGCCUCUGAAGGAUAUUUUUUAUUUAAACUAGUUAUUCAGGGUAUUAACCCAAGCAAAUUGAUGUCUUAGCUUAUAAUGAAAAAUUUAUAACAAAAUAUUGUACAUUUUGCUGAAAAAGAAUAUCAUAGGGAGCGCCUACAUCCCCAGUUUUAAAAAUAAAACCGCAACUAAAAUUACUCACAAUUGUUUGCUCGAUACUUUACUUCGAUUAGACUGCCCGUUAUCAAGCAGGGCCCUAUUAGAUUUUUCCGCACGGCACUGGUAAGCAUGCCUUCACGAAGGGCACGUUACAGUAGAGGGCAGAUUGCGGCGUCGCGAAAAUCGACGCAUGGCGUCUGGUUUUUUGAAAAUUCACUUGUAAAUUUAAAACUAUUUUUUUUAUCAAAUAAAACGCCCGUAUAAUUCGCAUGCAUCAUCGGUAUUCGUGUCGGGCUCAAUUCAAAGUUGAAUUUUUGUUGAAAUUCUAAGUUAUAGCAACCUUCCUAUAGUUUGCUGUUGGAUAUUGAUUUUGGGUGGACAUGACUAGUAUAACGUGUAAUAUUCCUAUAGUAGGUACAUAUUUCGGUGAAUUGUAAUUUAGAAUGAAUCGAGAGUUUUCGGGAAAUAUAUCAAUUCCUAAUCCGGGGUUAUAUGUGUGAUUUGCUAUAAAGAUAGUAAGAUUAAAUUCAAGUUUUACAUGUUUAAUUCUAGUACCAGAUAAAUUUAUGGAUAUUGAUUUGCUCCAACAUAAUGUACUUGUUGGUUAGUGUGAUUUUACAAUUCGCAUCAAAUAAGAAAUAUUUUAUACAAAAGUUAUCAGCAAUUAUAUUGUAGUGAGUGCUUUUAAGACUAGAGGCAUACCUACUAUGGGAACUAUAUAAUUAGAAAUGACCAGCCUGACUCUGCCUUUGGAUAAUAUUGAUGUGAGUGAAAAUAGUGAACAAAUUAGUAAGUUAUUUCCGAAGUGUAAACCCAGGAGUGAUAUUAAUUUAAAUCCAAUUGUCGCUUCAUCAAAGGACUAUGAGUUUGCGGAAAAUACAACAACAAACACUGUCAUGAAUGUCCAAGAUGAAAAUGAUAGGUGGAUGGCUGAUAGUUCCUGUAACGUUAGUAGAGACAAUAAUUCUCCACGGUACUCACCAGAUGAUGAUUGUAUAUCAGAACAUAUAUCCUCUACUGGAACCUAUAAAUUAAGAGACUCUAGGAUAAUUGAGAUUGCUGGUGGCAGGGAAUUGUAUUCUCAAAGUCGAACAAAGGCGGUGCGAAAAUCAAGAAGCAACCAAUAUUUAGGAGAAGAUGGAGAAAAGAAAACACAAAGACUACCAAUGAAGCAAGGUGUAUGGGAACUUCGCGGUACAAACAACGAAGCUAAGAAGGUUGGAAAUUCUCGUGAAUACACUGAGACAGUAUUUUCUUCGGAGGUGUGUUCAAUGACACAUGGAAAAGAGUCUCAAAGUCCUGUAAAGACAAAACUUAGUCCCACUAACAUGCCUUUUCCGGAAGAAGUCGUUGUCUUUGAUGAUAUUGGGGAUGGUUGGAAUAGUGAAAAUGAUAAGCAACAUGAACAUCAUGAAAACGAACAAAGUGGUUUCACUGCAACUUACACAUAUGACAGUAAUAGUAUUGAUGAAGAUAAAGUAGCUAAGGUAAUCGGAAGUUUACCAAUAGCAGUAUAUGAAGGGUCGCCAAGGCGAUAUGGUGUCCGACAGACUGGUGCAAACAAUUCUCAUAUUCAGUUACCAAGUGCACAAAGUCUGUUGGCUUCACCUAGCGUUUAUCCUCCUAGACCUGGUUUUCCUCAGAGAAUUGUUACAAGCCCUAGUCCCAGUGAAAGAGAAUGUAAUAUUAGUAAUGUUGAAAAUAAUUCGAAUAAUAAAAGAAAUAGUUCUCCGCCGACAAGUAACACAACGACAUUUGAUUAUUUAUAUGAAUUUUCUGAAACCAGAAAAGUUCUAGAGGAAUUUUUUAAAUGUCCACCUGAAGAAGAAAAUAGAUUAGGAAGCGAAUUUCAGGACUUAGAGUACGAGUUGAGACGACAGGCAAGUGAUUCUGGAAAUUCAUAUGUAGGAAAAAGAUUAGCUAAGGGUCGCAGCAGUGAACCUGAUUUUUGCAUGCGAAUUGAUUCACCAGCGAAAUGUUUUACAAUUUCCACUGCCCUUUUACAGGACCAUGAAUAUCCCGAACAUGAAAAUAAUUUCCUCGAUUUAUCAAUCGGAACAGGUUCGAGUGGGGAUUUGGGGGAAACGGAAGUUGGUUUGCAAGUUGGUCACAGUCGAAAUUUUACACUGUCUCCGGAAACAACUGACUGUGAUUCGAAUUGCGGCGAUUUAGAUAGCGAAGUAUCAUUAAUGCUCAUGGAAAAUGACCUUGUACCUUCGGGAGGUCUAUUGGGAUCAAAUACAGAUUUAGCAGUGCCUGGUGAUACUUCAAGAUUAUACUCAAGCAUGCCUGUUCUGGAGGAUGGAUUAUCUUCAGGACAUGCCAGUGAUACAGAUAAUAAUAAUCCUACUGUUAUGCUCAUGAAAAGACAAAUAACAGAAAUUGAAAGAGAAAUUAACCAAGGUAUUUGCAAGCAGAAAUCUGGCGGUAAACCCAGUGAAAACGGCAUGCCUCCUCCAAAAGAUUGUAUCGUAACAUCCCCUACAGAUAUCAAUAAUAGUUGUGUGAAUAGUUUUGAUGAACCGUUAAAUAUUUCACACACUGAUUCCGUAGAAAAAACGCCUCCUCCACCAGCUCCAGCGCCUCAUCGAAUGGUUAGUGGUGGAGAAAAAGCAAACGACGUAGAAGCCGCCAUUAAAGACAUCAGACUGACACUUCAAAGAACAAAAACUCUUCCAUUGCAACGGCAUCCUGGUGAGGAGUGUGAAGAGAAUGGUGAUAGUCCCAUUUGGGUACCAAGCCACUUUCGGCAAAGAGGACUUUCCACUACCAGUGCCGAUUCUGAACAAAAAGGCAACAGUGGCCCUGAAGAAGAAGAAAAUGAUACGGAUUUGGAAACAGACAGGUUGCUUGGUCAGCAAAGAACUGAUGAUCAAGGAUUUUACGACGAAAAGGAUUGGAGAAAACCUAAAAGUCGAACAAUAAUGCCGCAGAUAGGCCAUUCUAAUCCGAAACAAUUGCUCACUUCCCUUGACGAAAGCUCUAUCCCACUAGUCCCGUCCGCUGAAAUACAAACCUCUGCUCCUCAAUCUCCUUCGGCCGCGUCUGACAAAAGCCAAUCACCUCAAAGUCAAAAAGGAUCAGUGUCUUCAAAUAAAACUAAAAAGGAUAAAGACAAGAAAAAGGGGCGUAGUAAAGAAGAUGUGAUUCAACGUUCGGUUCUGAUAGAGGGCGUCCUUUUUCGGGCGCGUUACUUGGGAUCAACUCAACUGGUUUGCGAAGGUCAGCCUACUAAAACCACUAGAAUGAUGCAAGCUGAAGAAGCUGUAUCACGUAUCAAGGCACCUGAUGGAGAAACUCAGCCAAGUACCGAAGUUGAUUUAUUUAUUUCCACAGAGAAAAUUAUGGUUUUGAAUACUGAUCUAAAAGAAAUAAUGAUGGACCACGCACUAAGGACAAUCUCAUAUAUUGCCGACAUAGGAGAUCUGGUUGUAUUGAUGGCACGAAGAAGAUUUAUUCCUCAUGAAGUUGAAGAUGCUCCUAAAAUAAAUAGAACUCCAAAAAUGAUUUGCCACGUAUUUGAGAGUGAAGAAGCUCAAUUUAUAGCUCAAUCGAUUGGUCAAGCUUUCCAAGUUGCUUAUAUGGAAUUUUUAAAAGCUAAUGGCAUUGAAGAUCAAAGUUUUGUUAAAGAAAUGGAUUAUCAGGAAGUACUCAAUUCCCAAGAAAUAUUUGGCGAUGAGUUGCAAAUGUUUGCUAAAAAAGAAAUGCAAAAGGAGGUAGUAGUUCCAAAAGCUAAAGGUGAAAUUCUUGGAGUUGUAAUAGUAGAAUCGGGUUGGGGUUCAAUGCUACCGACAGUAGUGAUAGCUAAUUUAGCUCCGGCUGGUGCAGCAGCGAGAUGUGGUCAGCUCAAUAUCGGCGAUCAAAUUAUUGCAAUCAACGGCGUCAGUCUUGUUGGACUUCCAUUAUCUACUUGUCAAACUUAUAUUAAGAAUUCGAAAAAUCAAACUGUAGUCAAACUAACUGUAGUUCCUUGUGCACCAGUAGUUGAAGUAAAAAUUAAGCGGCCCGAUACCAAAUACCAAUUAGGAUUUAGCGUUCAAAAUGGAGUGAUAUGUAGUUUGCUUCGUGGAGGUAUAGCGGAACGAGGUGGUGUACGUGUCGGACAUAGGAUCAUUGAAAUUAACAAUCAAAGCGUUGUUGCUGUUCCACAUGAAAAAAUUGUAAAUUUAUUAGCAACAUCUGUAGGAGAAAUUUUAAUGAAGACCAUGCCAACUUCCAUGUUUCGUUUACUGACUGGCCAAGAAAAUCCAGUCUACAUUUAAUUUAAAUUAAUUGAAAGGUUUGAAAGUGCCUACUUGUAGAUGAUAAUUUAAACAAAGGAUCCUUGGGAAUUGUUUUGAGUUUUUCACUGAGUUUAAAGCGCAGAUCAAUAUAUUUUUUAUUGUUAGUAUAAGUUGAUCAGACUGAAGACAAUACGAGCAAGACCUGCGCUCUGCACAAAUCUGAACAAUUUGGUAGUUUCCGUGUAAGUCUUGAGAAUUUUUGUAGAGAUAAAAAUUGACAAACAAGGUAGAGGUAAUUUGAUAAAAUAUAGUUCAAAUACUCUCAACCAUCCGUGAUUAAAUAGGAUGAACAGCAAAAAAAAAAGUUCCUGGUAAUAAGAAAUUAGGUGUAUCGUUAUAAAUAGAAAUAUAAUAGUUUAUACUGAUAUUAGAUUUAAGUAGACAAAAAAUGAUAGGUUCUAUUUAUUUUAUGAAAUCUUCCUAAAAAAUACAGAAUUCUAAGUACAUAACUUGAAAUAUUCUAUAAACUGUAUAUAAAAAGACAGUUGAUUAUUAAUCUGUACCAUGAUCUCCUAUCAAUUAAGCCCCAAGUAUUCAGCAAAUUAAGUGCUUGAAUUGUGUAGAUUUUUGAAAACAAAUGCGCAAAUGACUAUUUCCUCAAUCUAGUAUUGUCUUAACUUUCUCAUGCAAAAAUGUCCCAUCCAUAAUUAUGUUUUGCCCCUUACUUACUACUUACUUGCAAACCAAUAUAGUAGCAAGAAUUUUGGAUAGGAGUCAGCCCAUAGGCUACCUCUGUCUUCCUUCUUGUAAUGUUAUAAAUUCACUUGAAUGAGACAAAUUUAUCACCUAAUCAGUUUUUCAUUAAAUGCAUUCCAUUGAGGUAUCAGCUUUCAGUUAGUGAAACUAAAAUGAGGAGUGAUCAGUAUUUGAACAAAGUGACUGUUAAUAAUAAAAAUUUAGUCUUAAACAGCUCUGGUUUUAUGCUGUGUUAAGUGGAAAUGUUUUUAUAUACAUAAUUGUUUUUAUGUUUAUUUAUCCAGAAUUAUUUUUAAGCAUUUAUCAGAAUACUCUCUUGAAUUCAUUUACGCUCAGAGAGACAAAAAAAUUGAAAAGAAUAAAAUCUGAAACUACCAAAUUGUGAAAAAAGCUUUUCGUGAUAGAUCAUAAAUGUUCUGCUUUGUCGCGUUAUACUAUUUAUUGUGGAUGUGAAGAAGAAAAAAAUACCAAAGACUGUUGGUUGGCUCAGAAGAAUAUUUUAUCCCCGUUUAUAGAUUAAAAGUAAUUUAACUUUCAUCCAGUAAUUAUUUAAGCAUUCCAUAAUCUUAAAACCUCUGUGUAGCUAUCUAUAAAAAUUAGACAUUGUCUUCAUGGAUUUAUCUUUAAAAAAAUGUUUACAUCAAAUUGAUAUUCAAGUUUGCCCUAGUUGAAUGUUGUUACUAUAAGAUAUUUUCCCAUUUAGGAGCUCAAAACUGUUUGUGGCAGUUUUUGUGCUCAAUACCCAAUCUCAAGAAAUCAAAAAAACGUCAUAUCACCCAGGACUAAAGGCAGAUUUGGUGGUAACCAAGUUACAACAACAUCAUUUUAGAAUCUUUAUGGUUAAAGUAUAGUUAACUGUAAACAGUGCUUAUUAACAGGAUGAUUGAAAAUUAUUUUCCAGUGAAUUUUACAGUUAAGCUUAGUCCUAUAAAAAAAGCACUUUUGGCUUCCUCAGAUUUGUCCUUUGUUGUUGAAAUAAGUGUUGUUUUUUUUUCUGCUUGAAUUAUGCAAAAAUGUUCAGAAUGCAAAUUUGAUUCCUGUGAUUGAAUUAGAAAAAAGAUAAAAUUCAUAAAGUCAAUGUCUAAACCUCAUGCAUCACUAUUCAUUUAAGUUAGUUACGGCUCUUGCAUGGCAAAAAAAAAAUAAAGUAGUUUGCUGUUUCAUACUAAUUUUUAGAAGAAGUAGGUAUUCAGCAUUUCAUUAUUGCUGCUUUGUCAGCUAUCAGAGAAAAAUGGAGAAGUCUAAAAUUUGCCUGAAGGCACAAAGAAACAAAUUUACCAAGGCUGCAGUAGGUAAGACAUUAUUCUUUUCAUUUAUUAAUUCGGCAGUCGAAAUUUCAAAAAAAUAGACUAUGCUUAAAUGUUUAAUAAUAACAGUGUUCACAAUAAAACCUAAUGAGCUCGUAUGCCAUACAUAGAAACUCGAACUUAGUUAUUUUUAAAUAAAAAAUAUAGUAUUUAUCUCUGUAAAUUUAUUAAAUUUAAGAACAAAAUGGAUGCUAUUGCAUUUAUGUAUAAAUAUUGAUACGUACGUCGCAAAAAAAUUUCUAUUCAGAGGAAGGUUUUGAAAGUUUAGGCUGGAAAUGUUUGAAUUUUAUAAUUUAAACCUUGGGUGCUGAAACGAAGUUUACGGUUUGGUGAUGUUUCAAAUAACUGCCUUUAAACCUGGAGAGUUUUUUAUGCAAUGGCUAAUCCGAAAUAAUCCAGAGACAUAUCAUAUUUAAAAGAAUUAAAUUUUCAAUAUUCAAAUGCUUCUUAGUUAGAAAGCUUUUCAAACAUUUUUGAAAUUCUUGUCAUCUGGUCGCCUUUGAAGUGAAAGUUUAUUUUGAGUUUAGGGAGUUAAAUUUUCUGUGUUUAGGAAGAAAUUUCAAAACUUUCUAUUUUAUUUUUAGUUAGAAAAAUUAAAUUCAUGCUGUUUCAUGGAAAAGUAAGACGUUUUUCUCCCACAACUUUCUCACUAAUGUUUUUACAGAGAUAUAUUUUUUGUAUGGUUAAAAAAAAUCAACACCUUAUUAAAAUGGCAGAAGUACGCAAUAUAAUCUGAUUUGAUGAAAAAAUAUACCAGUAAUCCUAAAACUUGCCUUUGUGACGUGUUUUUUUAAUUUUAUUUAUAAAAUAUUUAUCAAAGAAUAUAUUUUAUAAAAUUUAAGGAAUCUCCAAAUAUUCGGGAAAUACAUAUAAAGCAUCUGUGCCUGUAAUAUUUAUGGGAAAAAACAUUAUUUUCUCUGUAUAAGUGGUAUCUCAAAACAAAAAUAACAUUGAUUGCAAGUUUUGGUUUUACCUGACGACAUCUGAGAUGUACAGGGUAGUUUCUUUAAAUUUUGGGCUCCACUUGGAGUUUUUAGCAUUAUAGAUUAUAAGAUGACAAUGACAUUGCAAGCUGUCGAGCAAUGUGAGGUUUUUUUAAGUUGAAUAUCCUAUUUGUCAUUAUAUUGAUGGAGCAAACAACGAUCAUAAACUCGGCGGUACUCUACUAAGUCGGUUUUGAUCCUCAACCUUCUCUGUUCUACACAUUGGGUCUACGUUCUAUCUUUCUUAGUACACAUAGAAGUUAUCGAAACGUCACCUGACUUAUUAGAGUGCCUUUGAGUUCAUUUAAUUUAAGACCCUUUGUUCACGUUACCAUUUGUCAUGGGCAGUCAGAGGAUUAGAAUUUCUUUUAUAUUUUGCAAUCAAAAAGUUAGUUCUUCCAUUUAAGCAAACAACGUGCAAAAACUUUCAUUGUUGGACAGCUUCGCAGUUGUCAUUUGUUUAAUCUGAUAGGAACUUGAGGAAAAUUCAAAAAGUUUUGUAUUCACGCCUUUCUGCUACCUAUACAGGUCAAGCCUCCAAGUGUUGCGCAAUAUAUAAAAAAAUUUCACUCUUCGUAGAGAAAAUAAAUUAUUAGCUCAAAUUAUGUUCUUGAACCAUCCGAUAAUUUGCUCUUUGUAUAAAAGCUAUUUGUGAAUUAUUGCAUGUUUGUAAAAUAUUUUAUAUGUAGAAAGUAUCCCUUUUAUAGUUAAGAUUAUUGUGAUGAAUACUUUGACUUUGAAAUAAAAUGUCAAAGAAAUAGAUCCCAAUUGUAUUGUGUGCCUUUUCCUUUGUUAGCAUCCUUUUGAAAAACAGAUAUGGAAUAAUCAUUAAAAAGAACACAUUGUAAUUGCUUCAUCGGUGAAACACAUCAUGACUUAACCGUUUAGUUUAAUUUAAAGGCAUAUUUAAAACAAUGUAAAUCAAAACAAGUAAUAACAUUGUGUAUUUAACCUGCCACUUGCUCUAUAAAAAUUAUUGUGAAUUGUAACUGUUGUUUUAUUUUUUCCUACACACUAAAACAAAAAAUGGGGCUGCAUUUUGGAUUAAAGAAAGAAACAUUUGAAGUAAAGGAAACCCAUUUAUUAUAUGUAUUAAGAUCAAUUUUAAACAAAUUAAAAUUGAUGAAUUCUUUGUAACAGUGUAACACUUGUCAGAAGAAUUAAACAUUUUUGAAAUUGAAAAAUGCAUUUUGUUAGAAAUCAACUAAUACAAUGUGUGUUAUUUUGUUACACGAUGAAAGAUGUUUUCUAACCAAUUGAAAACGCCUUCAAAUUAUGUCAUUAUUGUUCAUAAAUAUGAAAUAUGGGGUGUGCUUAUAUACUAUGCAUUUAAUAUUUACAAUAAAUAAUGAAAACUACGAACUGAUCUAAGCCACCAAGUUUAAGCGCCUCAUUUCGAGUGAUAAUUCUUUACCCAUUUGUGCUGGUGAUCUGAAAUAAUA